AUGCCUGCCAUGGAAACGGCUCCAGUAGCUACUUCUUCUUCAAUUCUUGUCCCCCUCAGGUCCUCCGCCGCCGGGGCUAGCAGAAAAUAUGCCCAAUUCCCACAACGUAGCUUCAUCAGUUUCUAUUUGGCUCCAUCAUUUUCCUUCACUUUCCCGAGAAAGUGUAAUUCGGCGGUGAAGUAUCUAAAGCCACCCAGUCGGUUCACUGCUUUCAGCAGCUCACCCUUUGCCUCGACUCCUCCAGAGCAAACCCCAUGUCCAGAGCUUGCUGUUCUCCUUGAAGUUGAUGGGGUCCUUAUGGACGCAUAUCGCUUGGGAAAUCGCCAAGCUUUUAAUGAAGCAUUUCGGAAGCUUGGACUUGACUGUGCCAAAUGGACUGAGCCUAUCUACAUGGACCUCUUUAGGAAGAGUACCGGUGAUGAGGAAAGAAUGCUGCUCUUGUAUUUUAAUCGGAUUGGUUGGCCUACUUCUUUGCCAACAAGUGAGAAAGACACGUUCGUGAAAAAUGUUCUACAAGAAAAGAAAAAAGCAUUGGAUGAGUUUGUGGCAUCUGAAGGCUCUACUUUACGACCAGGAGUCGAAGAUUUUAUCGAUGAUGCAUAUGAUGAAGGGGUACCGGUAGCUGUAAUGACGACUUAUGGUAAAAGUGAUGAAAAGGUAGCCAGAUCCGUUAUAAAAAAGCUUGGGGAGGCAAGAAUGUCGAAGAUCAAGAUUGUUGGAAAUGAGGAAAUAGGACGGAGUUUAUACAGCCAACUUGUUCUAGGCCAAGGGGUCUCCUCUGGUUUGGAUGAGCAGCUAGCUAGGCAAGUGCAGAAAGCAGCUUCCGCUGAGAAACAGAGGGUUGCUGAGGAAGUUGCAUCGAUGUUGAAGUUAAAAGUAGAGCUUGGUGCGACUUCAUCUGAGAGCAUAGAAAAGGUUGUAGUUGCACUGCGUGCAGCGGCAGAGAUUGCUGGUCACCGUGUCCAAGAUUGUGUUCUUGUUAGUGGAAGCCAAUCUGGAGUUGCUGCAGCCAAGCGAAUUGGCAUGCCGUGUAUUGUUUUACGGAGCAGUUCGACAUCGAGAGCUGAGUUCCCUUCAGCAAAUGGGAUACUGGAUGGGUUUGGAGGAGCAGAUUUGACGAUAUCGAAACUACUGAAGAAGCGAUGGUCUGGCUCUCAAAAUUCGUAG